CUUGACCACCUAAAAAAUUCUCAUUAACCUUCCAGGUUCCAUCAUCCUUCAGAUUAUGUUUAUUAUUAUAAAGUUUGGCUAUACGUGAGCUUAUGAUCUUCUUGAUUUUCACUCCUCUACGCUAUCAGCUGUUUUCUAUUUUCUCAAUUUGUGAAUUUUUAGGCUAUCCUAUUUUUCGUCGUUCCAUUGCAAGUUUUUGAUUGAUGGAAUUGUGCAUUUUGUAAAACGUAUCUACGUAUAAGUUGUUAAAUCAUUAAUCGUAUUGUGCCUAAUAUGGCCUAAUUCUCCGUAGUGAACUGUUUUACUUAUUAGAAUAGUUUCCGUCAUUGCUUUGAGAAGAUACUUUCAACAUACAUGCAACCACGUAUGUAGCCUAUGUAUAGUUUUGUGCUAAGGAGUGUUAGAAAAUUUUUGAAAAACUUAUUCACUUAUCAUUAGAAUACUAUGGUGUUUAUCACUACAUCUUUUCUGAUUCUAGAACAGUAUACUAUAAAAACACCAGGUGACUGAGCUGUGCUAAAAUAACUGAAGUUAUUCUGAUCCAGUUUAAUAAACCACAGUUAAAAACAAACUAUAUAAUUUGUAUUUGCAAGUUUUUAGUCAUGGGUUGCUGCUUUAGUAGCUGUAGAGAAGAAGAAUCUUCACAAAGUGGCGAUCCCACCGAAAGAACACAUCUUUUGGCAGAUCCAGUUAGUAAUAUCAACACGUUGCAUAUUCAGAGGGUUCACAGCGAUGACUUCCUCUCACAGUAUCCUAGUUCCCUUCCGGAGAAAACAGACCAGAUUUCAGCGCUAAACAGGAUACUGCAAGAAACAGCAAACAAUGUGAUUGAUGUCGCUGCCUUGGGUGCACACAACCUUGAACAGCACGAGUAUGUGGAACGGAUGAAACAUUACAAUCAGAAGUUGCAGACAGUUGCUGCUGUCAGCCACAAGUGGGUUCAGCCUCGAGCCAAUCCGUGUCUGUUAGUCGACAUCCCCGCUCCUGAUAGUUUGCUGGGUGCAGCACCAAUCUCAUCUAGCAAUUUUGUUCUCAUCAAGUCAACUGUUGAAAAAGCAACCUUGGCUCUUGAUAACUUGAAGGUGGAACACAAGGAAGAACUAGUCGUCCCUUUCAAUAUUCCUUAACUCUUAUCUUACUAGAUAUUAUCAAGAACGACUGCAAUUAAUGUGAAUAUCUCUGAAAAAUGUUAAUAAAGCUAUGAUUGUAAAAAUUAGUGUAGGGCCUAUAGUGAGAGGGCAUGUAAAUUAAAAUUUAAUAGACAAUUUUUAUAUUGAUAGAGUUCUCUAAUGUAAUUUUGCAGAGAUCUUCAUUAUUUAAAGUAUAAUAUUAUUAUGAAAGAAAUUUUAUUUUAAAGAGUUUAUGCUUUUAUAUGAGGCAAUUUUUUACCUUAAUCAACUGUGACUGACGCUCUGCGAUUCAUUUUUCAUUGAAUUCUGUCCACAUUGCUAUGAAAACGCAAAAUUUUAUUCAAGCUCUCGUUCCCUUUUAAAUUUAUACUUUUUACAAAUCCACCAUUGUUUACUUGAGUGCAUUGCCAAGGACUGGUGUUUCCUGAUAGGCAAUGUUGAAUAGGUAGUUAUAUUCAUUAUUAUUUUCUGCUAUAAACCUACAUCAUUAUUAAAACAAGUAGGAUAAUUCUAUAUUUUAUAAUUGAAUUUCUGUAUAAUCUUACAAUUGUUUUAAUUAUCCUAUUAUAAUAUUGUAUUUUUAUCAUAAUUCUCACCAAAUUUAUUCUCCAAGUUGAAGACUAUCCAUUUAACUAGUAAAAUUAUUCCCUAAAAAGCGUAUUUCAUCUCUUAAAAACUGGUCUUCCAACAAAUCUGUGUUUUCUGAAUGUUCAUUUACAUUGCAGUCUGUUAUCUAGUCAUUGUUUAUCUCUGUGCAGAAGCUGUAUAAAAACUAAAUGUUUAAUAUAUCUGUUAUAAGCUCCUUAUUUACUGCGUUCUGGAAUAUUAUUGUUAGCCGCUUCAAAUGUUUUACUUGUUUGUUUUUCUGCAUCGAUUCAAUGAACUAGUCAUCAAUUACUGCAUUUAGUAAAUAAUAAAUUCAAGUACUAUCAAUAAUAAUUGAUUUUUUAUUAACAGACAUGGCCAUGCAAUUUGAAUAUUGAUAAUGAUAUAUUAUUUACAUUGGAAACAAGCUUACAACUAGUAUUUAUUUGGUGAGAAAAUGUGUUAGUAGUAAUGGACUAUUGUGAUUCCUUUUCAAGACAGCCUUGUAUUGAUUUUAUUUUUAUAAAAUAAUUAAAUUGGCAUUGAUCUUUUAAUGA